UGGGGGUUGCUAGGAGACCUGGGCGCCCGGCCUGUGCUGCGUGAUGGCGAAGGUCCCGGAAGAUUACGAUUCUGGUGGAUCCGAUGAAGACGAAAAGCCUGAACUUAUCAAAGCAGCGGAAGAUGCCAAGCCAGACAACAUCGCAGAGGCAGAACAAGAGCCACGGCCAGAGACGAUCCCAGAGACUGAAGAAGACAACUUUGAAGAGGCGGAACCAGACCGUGCCAAGAAUGGACCACUCACAUCAGCCAGGACGCCUGAAAAAGAUUUGUCCAAGGAGUCAGGUGUAGACCUAGCCGAGGAGACUCAGCCAGGGAUCCCCCCGGAGACAUCCAGAGAAAUGGGAGGAGAGCUCGUUACAGAUUUGCCGGUCCCUAUGGAAGAAAAGCUUGAUGAACCCGGCCCAGAGGCCCAAAAGGAAACCAUACUAGAUGUUACAGAGAAUGUAUCCGUUCAGUCAGUUGAGGAAACAGAUCUAGAGUUACCAAAGGAAAGCAAGCCUGAGGUUCUGGGGAGCACACUCCCUGAGACAGCAGUGGAGCUUUUGGAGGAGCCCAGCCCCGUGGUUUCAGAGGAAUCCCACCGCGAGCCUUAUGAAGCGAUUCUUCAAGGGCCUCUAGAUCAGACGAAGCCAAAGUUCCCAAGUGAUACCCCAGGAAAAUCAGUUGAAGGAACAGAUCCACAGACACCAGAGAUAAGGGCAUCAGAGAGUCCAGAAGAAGCACACAGGGAGUCAGUUCAGGAACAAGAGGGAGAGCCACUGGAGCAGACUGCCCCAGAGUUUCUAGAGCAGACUCGAAAAGAGUCUAUUGACGCAGAUCUGGAAGCUUCAGAAGAGAGGAAACCAGAGGUUCCAGAGGAGACUGGAAGAUCAUCCGAGGAGCAAGGGACAGAGCCACCUGAGCAGACUCCACCAGAGGCCCCAGAAAAGACACUAAGAAAAUCGAUUGAAGAUACAUGGCAAAACUCAACCAAGAAGAGAGCCCCAGGGCUACUAGAGGAGACUGAAACCUUGUUUCCCAAGGAAGAGUCAGGAUUACUAAGAGAGGGAACAGAUCCAGAGCUACUAGAAAAGACCCAGCCAGAAGUUCCAAAGGAUGCAAGAAGAGAGUCAUAUGAGGAACAAUAUUCCAACUCAUCGAUGAGUGAUCUAGAGCAACCACAGGAGAUCAAACCAGAGGUUCAAGGGGAGACACACAGAAAGUCAACUAAGGAGAAAGACCAAGAGUCACCAGUUAAAGUCAGUCGACCAUAUAGAAGGACCUACGCAGAAUCUUCCAAGGAUGACAAACCAGAACCCAUCAAACUUCAGUUUUCUGGAGAAGCUGAGGAACUAGGGUACCUCAAGUACCAACUAAUAAAGUCAACAGAAGAAGAAACUAGAGACUUAGUGUUAGAAUUUAACAGAGAAAAUGAAGCAGAAUUAACAGAAACAGAUGUAAAGGUUUCUGAAGAACUACUUAAGAUAACUGACCAUUUCAUUAAAGAAGAUGAAAGCUUGGAUUCCCUAGAGUCUCCCUGGGACUUAGAAACAUCCUGCAGUGAAACGGAAGUUUUAGAUUUGACGGAAGAGGUGAAGGAAUUGGUACCUGAAGAUAAAGACACCCAGCCAGCUGAGAGUGAGCUACAAUUUGAGUUUCUUAAAUGGAGCCCACAGGAUGUUGCAGACUGGAUUAGCAAGCUAGGCUUCCCUCACUAUGAGGAGUGUUUUACCACAAACUUCAUCAGUGGCCGGAAACUCAUCUAUGUAAACUGCUCAAACCUCCCUCAGAUGGGGAUAACAAAAUUUGAGGACAUGAAGGUCAUUUCUCGGCAUACUCGGGAGCUACUGGGAAUUGAAGAGCCUUUGUUCAAACGCUCCAUCACCCUUCCCCGCAGGGACAACAUGGGUUUGUUUUUAGAACAAAAAAGUCACACUGGGGUAAAUUCGAAUUCCUUGACCCUCUCCGCAUAUGUCCAAGCAGCAAGAUUACAAGAUUAUGCACCGCAAAAAACUUCUUCUGAAGAGAAACCCAGGUAUUCAGAUGCAGCAGACCAUGGUGGAAGGCACUUCCACUCAGCGUGACAGAUCAAAGUAAAUCCCUCUGGGGAAGAAAUACGGCCUUUUUUGUUUUGUUUUUCUUUUUCUCCAUUACAGUUAAAACUGCCCCCUCCUUCCUAGUUCUGCCACUAACUGGGAACAGCACCCCCUUGUGUUUCAGUUCAGAGUCAAAACCUCACCGCCAUCAGGUCAAUUCCAACUCACUGCACCCCACCCACCGCCCGGCCCC